GCGCCGCCCGUUCCCAUUGGCAGGAUGGAGGAGGCUGCGAUUGGCCGGCGGGCAAACUGCGGGAGCGUCGGCGUCAUGGAGGCGGUGGGGGCCAGGACACGGGCAGCUGGGCGCAGGACUCGGCUGCCAGCGGCGAGCACGGAAGAGCGGUCGGUGCGGCGGAGGAUCAAGAAUGAGGAGUCAGCAGUCUUUCACUCAGUGGUCAGCUUUUCUCCAGAUCCUUUGCCAGAUAGAUAUUAUGACAAGGAGACCAGCAAACCCAUCAGCUUUUACUUCUCUUCGCUGGAGGAGCUCUUGACAUGGAUACCUGGUGCUGAGGACAGCUUUAAUGUGGCCUUAGAGCCGCUGGCAUGUCGCCAGCCCCCACUGAGCAGCCAGAGGCCCCGGACUUUGCUGUGCCAUGACAUGAUGGGCGGCUACCUGGAUGACAGGUUUAUCCAGGGCUGUGCGGUACAGAAUCCCUAUGCCUUCUACCACUGGCAGAACAUUGACAUCUUUGUAUACUUCAGUCACCACACAAUCACCAUCCCCCCUGUGGGCUGGACCAAUGCUGCCCACAGGAAUGGGGUCUGUGUACUGGGGACUUUGAUCACUGAGUGGAAGGAAGGCGGGCAACUCUGUGAAGCUUUCCUGGCUGGGGAGGAGCACUCCUACCAGGCAGUCGCUGACCAGCUUGUCCUGAUUGCCCAGUUCUUCCGUUUUGACGGCUGGCUGAUCAACAUCGAGAACUCUCUGAGUCUGGCUGCAGUGGGGAACACACCCCCUUUCCUCCGGUACCUGACAUCCCAGCUCCAUCAGCAGGUUCCGGGUGGGCUGGUGCUCUGGUACGACAGUGUGCUAACCAGUGGACAGCUCAAAUGGCAGGAUGAACUCAAUACGCACAACAGAGUCUUCUUUGAUUCCUGUGAUGGUUUUUUCACCAACUACAACUGGCAGGAGGCACAUCUGGAACGUAUGCUGGGCCAGGUGGGACAGCGACAGGCUGACGUGUAUGUGGGGGUGGACGUGUUCGCCCGUGGGAACGUCAUAGGAGGCCGAUUCGACACCAACAAGUCACUGGAGCUGAUCCGGAAGCAUGGCUUCUCCGCAGCCCUUUUUGCACCUGGCUGGGUGUACGAGUGUUUGGAGAAGAAAGACUUCUUCCAGAACCAGGACAAGUUCUGGAGUCUGUUGGAGCAUCACCUGCCCACACACAGCAUCUGCUCCCUGCCCUUCGUCACCUCUUUCUGUCUGGGCAUGGGGCCACGGAGAGUCUGCUAUGGCCAGGAAGAGGCAGUGGGGCCCUGGUACCAUGUGAGUGCCCAAGAAACCCAGCCCCUGAUUGGAGAGCACCAGCAGGCUGGAGACAGUGGGGGCUGGGUGAAGACACAGUGCUGCCUCCAGGAUGCCUGGCACGGGGGCAGCUCCCUUCUCAUUCGGGGCCAGAUCCCACCCCAGGUUGGGAACAUGGCUGUGAGGUUGUUUUCCCUGAAUGUCCCAGUGCCACCCAAGCUCUUCCUGUCCCUGGUGUAUAAACUUGAAGGGAAUUCGGAUGUCAGGGUGGCUUUGGAGCUGACUAUGGGGGAUGCAGAAAGUUGCCAUAUUGGGGGCAUCUCAGCGUUGAAUGCAGAAACAAAUUCAAGGCACAGUCCCCGGCCCCUCCGGGUGCCCCCCACCAAGCUGACCAGAUGGGUAGGCCGCUGCGGCCAACCACUUCAUGGGGGCUGGGUCCAGCGCUGCUAUGAGGUGAGCCAGCAGGGCUGCCUCCUGCAGGACCUCUUCGUGAACUUCUCACGGCCUGUAGGGAGUCAGAAGGACAACUUUGUAUGUCGCCUUGGAGAAAUUCAGGUGGUGGAUGCCAGCAACCCACUGGUCCGUCUGCCCCCACUGCAGGCUGUCACUGUGUCACAAGUGCACUGGCAGCAGGCCACCUUGGAGGCAGAGGGUGCCUCCACAGGACUCCAACUCAGCUGCACCCUGCAUUGGUCCUACCUCCUGUCAUAUGCCACAUGCUUCCGGAUCCACUGCCAGCGAAGGACAGAGGGGGCUGCUCCUGGCCAGCAAACCCCAGAGCCAGAGAAACCUACACUGCUGGGCCUGGCCUUUGGGAAUCUGUACCGGGUUGUGGACUUGGCUGUGGCAGCCCUUGGACCUGGCCACGAAGGCCGAGUAGACUUCCUGGUAGAGCCUGUCCCUAAGGAGAGGUUUCUGGUGCCUCAGGCUGAGUGGGGCCAGGCCACCCUGCUCUACUCCAUGCCCCACUCAGGCUGACAUUAAAGUGCAACUCCUUUUGUGUUA